AAAUUGGUUAGUCGCUAAGGUGCCACAAGUACUCCUUUUCUUUUUAUUGUUAGACAAAUUCCCAUUCCUCAGUGAGGAUAAUUUAUUGGCUAAAUUUGAGGUUUCAGAAUUUUGGUGGUGGUUUUUUUAAAGCAUGCAAGAAGAUAAUGGGAAAUUGUUUUUUCCCUGCCUUCCCCACACAUACAUACCUCAGGUAACUCAAAAAUAGCCCAAUGAAUUUCCACAAAAACAUUCACCUUUUGGCUGAGCCAAAGCGUGGAUUGCUUUCAUCCCAAAAAGAGUCUUUUUGUGCCUUAGGUAGGGGAAACUGGUAUAAUGAAAAUCAUUUAGCAACCUUAUAAGGAUACGGUCAACUUUAAAAUCAUUCUUCUGUCUGAAAAAUUUUAUAUCUGUUAUAGUUAUGGGUAAUGCCUUAGGUAGCGGGGAUAGAGAGUACUUGCCUGGAUCCUUGCAUAGAACUUGGGAGUGACUUAAAACCUGGGGUGGGGUACUGAUGGAUUCUUCCCUCCCUUGACUCGUGUACUGUCUGAGGAAGCAAUUGGAGUCUUGGAGUUAGUGAAUAUUUUUUUCUCUAUGGGGUCAGAUGGGGAUGAACAAGUGUUGGUGGGACAUCCAUUACUCUCAAAUCCUGUUAAGGGUCUGGAGAGCACCUGGUACUAGCUGAGGCAUACAAUCCCCCACCCUUCCGUUGAGAUCAGAAGAGGCACUUAGCUGUAGGAGUGAAGGAGGCCCCUACCCUCUCCAUGUGACUGGAGACCAGAUGUAGUUGGGCAGAGGGCAAAAGGAGGAAGUUUGUCUCUCAUUUCCUGGCAUGACUUUAAAUCCAAGAAUUUUUUUUAAGUUAAGAGAUUUUGCCUCAAUGUUGCUGCUACUGAAGAACCAGAACCCGUAGCAGAAGUGUGGAUGGGGAUGGGAGAAAUCCUGCUAAACAAUAGCAGAUGAAAAAGAUAAACAGUUAAAAUUUAAAAAAAAUAAAUUUAAAAUAAUUCAGGGGAUACUAUUAAAGGUGCUUUGUGAGAAACAUGAAUUUUUUAAAAUUAGUCAAACAAAAUGCAAGCUGUCAGUUUUUCUGUAACUAAAGCAUUUGCUUCUGUCAAAGCUAUAAUGGAAGCAUCUUCUAUACAUAAGAUAUCCCAAAAUGCAUUUCAAACAGUGAAUUAUUUACUACUAGUGCAAUGAGUGUGCAUGCAUAUUAGCCAUUAAGUGCUCAGCAACAGCUCAGAGAAAGCCGUGGACAUUGAAAAUCUAUUCUACUGAGAGAGAAUGUUGGCUAGGACACAAAGGUGGUUCCAUAAUCUUUUCAAACAGCUGCCAUAGACUUUAACUUUUACUUGGACACCUACCUACAUACGUGGCAUCGUGGAGUAUCACCCAGUGAUUUGAAAUGCUCCCCAGUUUCCUCCUGUUCUAGGACAUAAACUGCUUGCAAUAGAAUGCUUACCCCUCCCCACUUCAUAAUUGCAUACCUGGUCAGAUGCAGUAUUGUUUCUUUUAUAUUCCUGUGAAAUAUCCUGUAUAAUACAAUGUGAUAGGUGUUGUGAUAUAUUAGAUGAAUUGUUGGGUCUUUUUCAGUAAGUCUACUUCUACACACAGAUGAAUGUGCUAAUAGCUGAGCCAUAUUGAUCGUAUACAUGUUAUUUAACAGAUCAAUAAGGCCUUAUCUUCACUGCAUGCCUACCAUAGGGUAAGCAAUCACAGGUUAAUUAACCAGUGGUAAUCUAAGCCAUGAGAGUGCAUCCACACCUAUUGUGCUGUCGCUCCUUGUGUCCACACUUGUUCUGUAUCUGGCCAUGACAGGCAAUAUAACUAUCUGAGCAUAUCUUGAGCAUAUCUCAAGACUGCUGACACCACAACUUACUACAUGGCUCUGUGUUCCCAUUUACAGGGUGUUGUGGAGCAACUUGUCUGCCCACGCUGGGGACUGUGGGAGGCAGUUUAAUGGAGAGAAGGCUUCAGUAAAUUCUUUGGUUUGGGUAUAUCGAAAAUACCAAUCAACAGAGGAAUUGAAAUGAACUAAAAUAGAAUAAAAAUUAGUCAAAAGAAAACGAUUGUAAAAUAACUAUUUAUUCUUUUAAUGAUAUGUAUGUAAGAAAAGUGUGGCUAGAAGAAACUUCUUUUGAAACCUUUUAGUUUUCUGUCUUUUCCUAUGUCUACACUAGCACUUCUGUCUGUAUAACUGGAAACCCCCCCCCCCCCCCCCCCCGAGCAACAUAAAUUACACUGAUAAAAGCACUAGUGUGGACAGCGCUACGUUGGCGGGAGAGCAUCUCUCACCAAUAUAGCAACUGCCGCUCAUUAGGGGCGGUUUAAUUAUGUCGACGGGAGAGCUGUCUCCCUUCGACAUAGAGCGGCUACAUGGGAAAUCUUGCAGCUGUAUCAGUACAGCUGUGCCGCUGUAAGAUCUGUAGUGUAGACCUGGCCUUAAUCUAGUCUGAAAAGCUUGAAUGAAUCAGCCUUUAGAAUAGGCUAACAGACUUUUAAUGGCUCUCAUUAAAACUCAUUUGUUCCUGAUUAACUGUCCUGAAUAACUUCAUGUGUACACACUCAUUCUGUUUAGUUGAACAGCUGUUGCACUGUAAAUUCACACCCUAUCUUAAUCCAAAUUAACUUUCAAGUGUAGACAAGACCUUAGUUUUAGCUUGAGAGACAGUAGGCAAAGUCAACCACCGUCCAAGUUAUAGUGCUGACAUUGCCUAGCUACACUGGCAUAAACACUACAAAUGACUUGUCCUCACUUAGGAUCUUACAGUGAGAUAAUUAUUGCACAUUUGUUAUCCUGCUUUAAAAAAAAAAUCUGUCAUUGAGGAUAAAUCCUAAGAGUUUCACUUUUUCAAGGGAUUUUUAGUGGGCGUUGUUCUGCUGUAUCAAACCCAGAGACAGAUGAAGGUGGAGAAACGGCGAGCAUGCAAACUUAAAUUACGAGGCUGCAUAGAGGCAAAUUAAUAGUCACCUUCUGUGGUUAAGCCUGUUAAGUCUUCACUGGGAAGUCCUACUUCUAUAAUUGAUUGCUACACCUGUGCUUAAGAUUCUGAAUUUCUGCAUAUUUGGCAAUGCAACAAACUUGGGAAAAGAGAAUUUGUAUUCUGACAGCAAGGACAUGGUCAAACAAAGUGCCAUUCUCAGUCAUUACGAGCCACAGGUAAACGGCAAGAAACAAAAAAUGGACACUCAGUUAUUCUCCCCGUUGUUAGGAGGGAUCACAAGUACACCACCACCCCUGGAAUCAUCCCGGUUAUAUAGUAAUUGGUCUGUGUGUGGAGAUGAUACCAACACAGCAACUUCUUUACAAGACUGCACCAAAAAAAGGGCACAGAUAAAUCUGUCUUACUCUGGCAAUGGCCCAGAUAUGUUUGGGUUAGUGUCGAGCAUCCUAGAGGAGCCAAACAAGCCAGAACCUGUUACAGAUUGGAAUUCUCUGUCGAGAUUGUUUCCCCCUAUGUGGGCAUCUGACAUUGGAAACAAUGGUGACUUCUCAGGUCUGUCUUCUAAGCACCCUUUACAAAGUAAAGAUUUUCCAAACCUGAUUGGCACACAGAGCUAUUAUCAAGGACACUUGCAAAAGUCAUCUGAUGUGGAGACUUUACACAGAGGAUUUGAAGACCUUCAUCUUAUAGAGUCUUGGCUUUCUCCUUCUGACCCUUAUACUCAGCCAUCUGAUGAUAUCUUGAACAUUUACCCUGAAAAUUCUGCUUUUGAAAAUAAUGCCGUAAUUCAGCAAGAAGGAUUAGCAUUUCAGAAUGUACAAUUUAAUCAGCACGUGUGCAAUUACGAUAAGAUGAAAUUAAAUGGAGACAGUGAAAAGAACUGCUCUGAUUUUAGUAAUUUUUCUUCUCAAUGCAGAAUUAAAGAUGGCACUGGUAUUCAGAAAGAGUAUUGGGAAACUGACAGAGCAAGAGGCAAACUUACGAAAAAUGACAAACAAGAGCAAGCAAAGUACUCCAAUGAUGCUAAUGGCACUUGGGGCAAAGUGUUCCAGGACAACCAUUUGUUUUCUAAAAGAUAUGAAGAUUUUACAACUUCUCAUAAAUCACAGCCAUCUAUUCACCAAUCGCUCUAUUUUUUCAAUCAACCAUUUACUAAAGAAAAUAGUUUUCCUGGAGGAACAAAUAGAAACCCACAGGAAACUCACUUGCAAAAUGGCCAUAAUAGCUUCAAUUUGGGAGAAACCUGUAAUAACUCUGAAUGUAAGAGCCAUAUUAAUCCUAAAGAAUGUUCUCGUAAACCUUCUGAAUAUCAUUUAUCUGUAAAAACUGCUCAACAAAAUGGAAAUUUUCAUUCACCUUACCGUGGACAUACGUGGCUGGAUGGUAAAAUCUUAAGUCCCACAUCUACAUCAGAUAUUGCAUAUAGGAAGCAAAACCAAGUAGUAACAAGCCCACAGUCCUCUUCUGGGGUUUCAACUAUGUCCAGUGGAUCUCCAACACAUCAGUCUGUAACCCAGCCCUCUUAUUACUCACAGUUGUCACCAGUGCCCUCUUCAAGGAAAGAUGGAAGGUUACAAAUAUCAAAUAGUGUUCCUAGUAACUUGGGCGGUUCAAAUUUCUUUGCAGAAAAUCAGAAACAAAUUAAACCUAUUGGACAUUCCCAGCAUGAUUCAUUGACUAAUAAAGGCCAGUAUCGUAAAAUACCCGUUAAUUUGUCACACAACUGGUUAACACAGCAGAAUUCUGCAAGUGAUGAGUCUGAAAAGUAUCAUAGGUUUCGCAAAAAGCAAAACCAAGAUAACUGUAAUAAAGAUGAAAGAAGAGGUAGAAGGAAUUGGAUACCCCAUCCUGGGUAUGCAGGGCAAAAUCAGCAACAGUUCAACAUGUUCCGAAAGAAGCAAGAACAGAAUGGUGGCAACGUGUCAGAUUUCAUCAAUCCUUCUUUUCUUCCUUCUUUCCCAUUAAUGUCUGAUUUUAAGCAAAAUCCCAAUUUUACUCCAUUUAAUCCCCAUCCUUUUCCAUCAGCAAAUAAUUUUGCUUUUCCUCCAUCACCAUUUCCAUUCUCGGAACUUGUUGAUCUUUUUCACUAUGAUGAUUUUAACCAUUUGAAUCCCUUCAUUAACGACCUAUUUUGUGGGGAAUUAAGUGCGCCAUACUUUGCCUUUCCAACUCCUUUUAACAAGUAUAGGCCUCCAAGAAAUCGCAGUGGACCUGCUAAUGAGCUUCAUAUUCGACUGGAGGAGUGUUAUGAACAGUGGAGAGCUCUGGAGAAGGAGAGGAAAAAGACUGAAGCUGAUCUUGCAAGAAACUUUCCAGGAAAGCGGGUAUCUAGCUCAAAUAACACUCCUGUUUCUCGACUUCCUGCUAACCCUUCACGAGUGGAUCGUUUGAUUGUGGACCAGUUACGAGAACAGGCCAGAGUGCUCACCUUAAUAGGAAAAAUGGAAAGGCUUCGCGGUACUCCUGUCCAUGGGAAUAUAUCCAAAGCUCUGGAACAUCAUUUAGAAGCCAUUCAUGUUACACAAGCGAGGCGGAAAGAUGAGAUUGUCAAUGCUGCCAAUCCACAGAGACAAGGAGCACCUCGCUAUAAUAAUGAAAAAGAUGUUCUUGCUCUGGCAGCUGCCAUUAAAGAGUUAGCUGUUUCCACACGCAAGGCUCGUACUGCUUUAUGGUGUGCACUGCAGAUGACUCUACCAAAAACCUCCUUAAGCACUCCAGUGAAACAGGAGGAGGUCGAAAGGGCAUUGCAAGAGCUUUGUCCAGGAAACACAAGCACACAAGAAAAAAAUAGUGCAGAUCCUGAAGACCAGGGAAGCAAAAAAGAGAAACGUGAGGAACCCAUACAGAUUUCUGAAUAACUGUGCAGAAAAAAAAAAAGGAAGAAAGUGAAUUGCAUUGUGCUAUGGAGAACUUUUUUUGCUAGGUUAUCAGAAAAAAUGAGGAUAACUCAACUGAUCAGUGCUGCAAUUUUAUUACUGUGAUUCUGGUGUUGACAAAUAUUUCUUGUAAUAGUGUUAUUGCAGUUUUAAUAUUGCUGGUCUUGCAGUGUCUUCUAUGUAAGAUAAAGAUUUUAUUAAUAAGGGGAACUGGGCAAUAGCUGAUCAUUUUCUUGACCACUUAGCCAAAGCUAUGUAUCAGCUGUGACCCAAGCCAUGAUCUGAGAAACCAGUGAGUGGCUAAGCUAAUUUUGAUUCUUUUCUUCAUUUGUUAGUUUUAAAAUUUAGCAUUCUUUAGAAAUGUCAUUUUUAAACGGUAUUCCAUAAUUAUUGGGGGUUUUGCACCAUUAUGUAUUCUUUUAAGUGCCAGAAUGAUUGCUAAAAAAUGUAAUUGUUUGUACUGUCACUCAACACUGAAUAGUCCACACUUCUGCUUUGCUAUUGUGACAGGGUGUCAAAUCUUUCAGGUAAUUGCCAAGAGUCUGACUGGAAUAAUCAGAGUUUAACGUUAGUUACAUGACCUGCUUGUUCUGCCAAUUAAAAGUUUCCAGCUGGACUAAUCUAAACCAAAAGUUCCCAUAGUAUAAUCCUUGUGGCAAAAUUUUUACAUAAUAAAUAAAUGAAGAACUAAUUUAAGGAAUUUUUAGAGUUGCAGUAUAUUGCAUUAAAAUACAGUUGGCAGUUAACAUAAAAUUGUUACUCAGACUUAGAAAUUAGAUUUACUGAUGCCUAAUGGUUAAAAACAGUAAGUAUGCACUUAAUGAAAAAUUACAUGGUUAAUAAUAUGUUUAUGGUAUUUUAAUUUUCAGAAACAUUCCAUAUUUAUUUUAAUGUUUUGAUUAAAUGUUUAUUUAAAAUUCUAUUUUAAUAAUAUACAGUUGGGUCUUUUGCCAAACCUUCCUAAUAAUCAGAUUUAAUGAUUUACUCAGGAACUAUGUAUAUUAUAUAUAUAAAUACACACAGUAUAUAGGGGUUUUUUGAGGGGUAGGGAUGUUUGCAAGAUAUUUACACAAAGCUAACUAUACUAGGUUACCAAAGCUGUUUAAUUGAUUUGUUUUAGCAUGAGAAGAUUUCAUAUGUUUAAUUGCUAUUUACUAGUCUUCAUUCUGGGGCUUAGACAAUCAGAAGUGUUACGUAUCAAUGUGAAUGUACAGAGUAAGAAUUAGAAAAGGAUGAAUAAUUCAUAUUCAUAUGAGUAUUUUAAUGCUUUAUCAAUCGUGUCUUAAUGUUAGAUUGUCUUUCAAAAUGUACUAAUUACCAAGUGUGUUCUUAGGUGUUAGUAUAUUGAUGAAUGGCUUUGGAGAGCAGUUCUUGUUUUAAAAAAUAAUUAUGUUGAGGACAGGAGAAAAAGUGCAAAGACUUAAAAUGAAGAUUUAUCUGUGUUUCAUGAUGUUAUGAUAUUGAAUUUGACACUUUCUUGAUAAAUAUAUAAUUCUGUUUGCAUAUACAUGUACUUGCUAAAUAUUCCAAACAGUCUGUAAUUUUGGACCUGUGAAUGUUUCUAGAACAUCUGUAGUCUUAUAGUUCUAUUAGUACCAAUAUAGUACCAGUGGUCGUACCAUUGUUAAUGAUAAUGAGGUGAUGAGUGCAUCAUUUUGUAGAACAGGAAGUCACUAAAGCCUCAUUUUGAUCCACUGAUUAAACAAAAGAAUCAUUAGAAGGCAGAAUCUUAUUAAAAGUAUGCUCCACGUUUUCUAAAGAAAACUUAAUCCAUUUCAGUGGAUAUUUUUAAGCCUUAGUCUAAAACUAAAAAUUGGUACUGAAGAGAAUUAUUUCAGUGCUGUCUGUGUGUGUGUGUGUGCGCGUGUGUGUGCGUGUGCAAAAUCUGUUUGCACUAAUAUCUGAAGGUCAAAUGUGUUUUUGUGAAGCUAUAGUUAGUGGUUUGAAACAUUUUCAGAGUUUACAGUAUUUGAGUUGUUGGAAUUUAAGUUACGAUUUCUGUUUCCUGUUAACAUAGUAUUUGAAAGUCUUGAUUUGCGUUUCUAUUUACAGAAUAAUUUGUAGUCUUGCAGGAUUGUUUUGUAGUAUUGAAUGUAUUGGGCAUAUUAGGUCCUUAUUGUAUUGUUUGUAUGUAAGUUAUUGUGCAGGAAUGUGAUCUUAAUCAGUUCAUAAUAUAGUUAAUGUGCCUUUAAAAGUCUUAUUUUUCAAAAACGGUAAGUAACUGUGUAUGCUCACUUUAGCUUUCUGUUGCAAUUUAAUAAUACAUUUAAAGGGGUCAAAUGUAGCUGCAUUUGACUAUAGCUAACGUAGCAUAUGGUAUUAGUGUUUUUCUUGCAUAAUAUUUCAUUGUCCAGUUAUGGACUCUUUAACAUGUGUAAGGCACCAUAGCUGUUGAGCGUUGCCACAAGUCAAGUGUAUUCAUAACAGAGUUUAGUUGUGUUGCCCACAAAUGCAACAUGUGCACAUUUAAUUCUUUUUGACUUGACCGGCCUGUAUUCUUCUUAAAAUGUGAACUAUCUGAUGGUCCUCUUAGUAUGGAAAUUUUUCUGCCCAUUUCUUGAAAUACUUAAACAAUUAACAUCAUUGACAUGUAAAAACAAAAAUUCUUUCAAGACGCUUCCGUUCUGUUUUUGGUUUGCUACACAUUCUUCUAUAUUUCAGGGGGGAAAUACUGUCUUCUGGAAGUUUACCAGUGUAAGUUUGGGAUUACAAUAGUUCUGUGCAGUCAUAUAGUGUUCCUAAUUGACUACUGUUUGACUUGAUAAUGAAAAGCAGUUUCCAUACAUAUUCCAUUCAGAGCUUCAGGUGAAUAAAUAUCAUUUCCUUUCUGGUUUGUUAGAGCCUAACCCUAGUCUCAUGUUAUUGACUUCAGGGGAAGCAGACCUGGGUUAUUAGUUAGCAGUCUGGAUUAAAGUGGAUAGCGGUGUGUGAGUUUUUCAGUUUGUGGAGCAAUCAAACAGUAUACGGUGAAUUUUUCUGUUUGAAAAGUUUUCACCCCAUCCUGUCCUUUUUUCUUCUAAUUGGCUCACACAUUUCAGGUGUGCGGUUAAGUGUGGGGAUGAGGGUGCUGAGUGUGCACUGCGGCUAGUCCACAAUACUAGUCAGCUCAGUUCCAAGAGUGCAGAAUGUUUAAGAAUUCUUGUUCAGAUCAUGUUAGUUAAAAUACAAUUGUAUUUAUUUUAUUAGAAUAGGGCUGAAACUUUAAGAUCCUAAAUUGAUAACACAAUACAGUAUAGACUUAAAAAUCACCAGCUAACAUCCCUUUUAUGGGUUAUUCCCCUGAUAGUGGACUAGAAGCUUGUGGUUGUUUCCUAUUUCCACUUUUUUGUUCCCCCCACAGAAAGUGUAUGGCCUGCUGCAAAAUGAGUACUGUUCCACCAAUAUGUUUAGCACCUGUGCCUUUGCCUCUCCUCCUCUACAUCCCCAGAGUCCCUAUGAUAGUAAAGCUAUUGUGAUAGAACUGGUGUAAGUUAACACUAAUGAGAUCAGUAUUAAUUUGUCAGCAUUAAGGGAAGUGAGAUUGUCCGGGAAUGUGGCUGUUCUGUAUGGUGCCAUGUCCCAACAGAGGGGAUCUCCAGGAUCAAGAAGUCUUUACAACAAACCAGGUGCUUUCUACAGGGCCUCAUCUUCUGCCUUUUGCUCUCCUCCAUUUGUGGAAACAGUGAUGGUUACUUUUUUUUAAAUGAAGUAAAAUUCAUUUGUGCUCAAUGUCCCUGAUAGUGAAGGGCAUUUAGCACAUAACUAACGUUCGGGUUUUUUCAUCUCAGUUCUCCUCGGCCUGAAACCAUAGCUUUCAACACUAUUCAAUGUGACAUUCUCGGAACACAUCCUUUUGUGAAGUCACAGCUACUGGUUCUCACUGAACUAAGGAGAUGGCCUAUAGGAAGUUGGAUGUGUUUGGGUUUUUUUAAUUGCUAUACAGUAUUACUAUGAAUAAAAUGUAAAACCCUUUAGAAUUAUUUUUAAAAGAUAAUAUAAAACACAAUGCCAUUUUCUGACCUGCUCUGAAAGCUGGUUUCAUUUUCUGUCUGUGCUCUGUGCAGCUUUAUGUCAAAAUGAUGGAUUCUGAGGCAAUCCAAAAGAUGACUGGUGUGUUUUUUUGUAGGGUCUGAGAAGUGAGCUUUAAAUUAAUUCUCCUUUCCGUUCAGGACAUUUGAGUAGAAUUGGCUUUUGUAAAAUGUGCAGGUCUCCGCUAAUUUGUGAAAACUUGAGUUCAGGAUUCUUUUUCAACUCUGCAAGAGUUGACCUCAACUGAAAAAGAGAGCAGGAACACCACACACUGGUAUAUUAGGCUGAUAUGAUGGAGGAGCUAACUUUCAAAUGUGUCUUUAAAUGUAAAUGCAUUUGAAAUUAAGGCUACACAGAAAUUGUUCACGAUCCUGCUUCCAUUGAAGUCAAUAGUUUUGCCAGAUACUGACUUCAGUUGGGUUUACUGUUUUACUGACCUAAGUCUUUACUAUUUAAGUUUUUGUAUAUGCAGGCUUUGCAGUUCAUGUUGAACAUUAGGUACCAAGAAACUCCAGAAACAUAUGUUUUUCCUAACUUUAUUGUAAGGUUUUUAAACAUAGUAACAUCUUGGAGUUAGGAGGAAUAGUCUGCUUUCAUUUAAAGCUGAGGAAUGUACCUACUGUAAGAUGCUUUGGCUGAGUUAAAUCAAUAGGCUUUUGAGAAAUUUGCACCUUGUUUUAUCCUGAUUUGCCUGGAUAGAAAUACAGCCUUAACCGUGUUAAGAUCUUGAUUUGUUUCUUGUGCAGUUUUAUCUGUCUCAAUCACCAGCACUUUUCUGUUUUGUGGAAAUGUAUAAAUAAUUAUAAAAGGAAAAACUGUGUAUCUAUGAAGUUACUUUUUUAUGAUAAAUUGUUUUACAAUUUGCUUUUAAAAAGCACUUUCUUUUUCUUUAGUUUUUUACUUUUUAAUAGUGCAACCAAAUCUGUCAAUUUUAUAGCGUGGUGACUCAUUUUUCUUUCUUAGCAAUACUACAAUUAAAGGUGCAAAAAAAUAAGGUGCAUUAUAAUGUAUUUAUUUAGCCUUUGUUGUUAGAAGUUGAAAAUGUAUGGAAUAAAGUAGUUUUGAGCAACUUUUUUAGAAUUGGGGAAGUGAAACUAUAAUUCCUCUGCUUCUUAUUUGCCAGAUAAGCUUUAAAAAGGAAAUUGUUUGCAUAUACUAUAUGAAAGCUAACUAAUGAGAGCAAGGAUAGACCAGUGUCAACUUUAAAAAAAUCAAUUCCAGAUAAAGGUUGCUUUACAUUUUUUACUGUACAAAAUAAAACUGGUCUAAAACUUGUGUAUGCACAGUAAUAACUUAAUGAACCUAGGGUUUUUUUCCCCCACAAAAUUAGGCUAUUUCCAAUAUAUAUGGGGAAAAUAAGUUUACUUUUAUUUUUAUGACAUAUACAAAGACUAAUAGUGUCUAUAUUUUAAUAUACUGUUUAGUGUCUGAAGUAUAUCUUUUACAUGUAUGUUGGUCAAUCUCAUUUAAUUAAAAACAAAUUUUACACUGUUAGUGAAAUAUUACUGAAGAAAGCUAUUGUGAGUUAAUCCAUUUAGUAGACCCAACAGAAAUAAGUGGAAGUAUACAUUUAACUAAAAGAAGCAAGAUGUCAAUUGUUAAUACUUAAUGAUUAGUCAAUUUAGGCUUAUUUCAGUGUUUCUGUAAAAUAACUGGAUAUUUAAUGAACGUUGCAAAAAUAUCACUUCUACCUCUUGUGUAACACUUAACUUUAAAAAAGGUUAUUUAUACUACACAGAUUUCUGUUGGGACAUACUUUGCUAUUUUAGAAAGUUGAUACACCUUAACUAGUGAAUUUGGUGUGCAUUUUUUGUUUUCGGUUAGACAGCUCUCUUAUGUGGAAUACCAGGGAGCCUUGCGGCUAGAUUGUGUUCACUUGUGUAAUGUAACCUACCAUGAUGUGUACACUUAAAUAUGGUUUAUAUUAAGAAAAAGGUACAACAGUAGAAAGAGAUGCUAAGGUUUGUAUUACAUGUAUGAAAGUCACAGAUUUAUGAGAAUCCUGUAAUAAAUCAUGGCCAGUGUAAUUUUCUAGCAUUUUUUUUAUGUAUGUGAUUGUUUCCUUAUUUAAAUAAUCAGUUGUGUUGUAUGUAUGUGGCUAAUAAAUAGUUACAACUAUUGUUUUAUUCAGUUCAACUCAUGUUACUUAUCAGCUGCUGUUCUAUAUGCGAGGUGUUUCUUGUUUGUUUGGGGUUUUUUUUGUAAUUCACUGAAAAGACCUGUUGUAUGUUCUGGGUAACACUUACAGUUAUAAAAAUAAUUAAACUAUUUCGUAUUUUAAA